GCAACCGAGGAGUGGUUAAGAAAAUGUCAACUCGGGCUGCUCUUCGCAAGUCGCAGACAUGAGAGGAGAUUUGUUUUCCCCUUUGAACCGCCAGAACUCGGUCUCACAAUGCGAAUCCAUUGCAAAAUAGUUGCGAUCGCUUUGUGUGUCGGAGUUUUUCUACUUUUGUACUUUUUCGGGGGUAACGCUGCAGACGAUCCGCUCUUGAGAGAAGUUGAAGAAAAUAACUCCGAACCGUCGCAUGCAAAGCUUAGACACAACGUUGCAUCAAAGUUCGUUAAAAAAACCCACGACGAGCCUCGUAUCGGCGCGGAAGAAGCACUCAAGGAACUUAAAGAAGGGAAAAUUAUUAACAGGGGGGCCAAAGUGAAUGCAAAGAGUAGAAGAAGAAACAAUGCGGGCCGACCCGUGUCAAAACGUGGCCGUGCUGAGGAGAUUAUGCACCUGGCUGUGGUGGCCUGUGGGAACCGGCUGGACGAGACUCUCACCAUGGUCAAAUCAGCCAUCCUGUUCAGCAUCAAGAAGAUCAAGUUUCACAUUUUUGCUGAAGACCCCCUGGCCUCGCAGUUUGAGAAGGGGCUGAACCAGUGGCCCCGUGACAUCUCAGCCAAGUUCCAGUACAGGGUCUAUCCUAUCACCUUCUCUGUGGGGAACGCUGAGGAAUGGAAGAAGCUGUUCAAGCCCUGUGCUGCUCAGAGACUCUUCCUCCCGGUCAUCCUUAAGGAGGUGGACUCGUUGCUCUACGUAGACACUGACGUGCUGUUUCUCCGGCCAAUGGAUGACAUCUGGGCCUUCCUUAAGGCUUUCAACAGCACCCAGUUGGCAGCCAUGGCCCCAGAGCACGAGGUCCCCAAAAUUGGCUGGUACAGCCGCUUCGCGCGACACCCAUUUUACGGCGUCACGGGGGUCAAUUCUGGUGUCAUGCUGAUGAACCUCACGAGGAUCCGCAGCACAAUGUUCAAAAACAGUAUGAUCCCUGGUGGUUUGUCAUGGGAGGACCUCCUACAUCCUCUCUACCAGAAAUACAAAAACCACAUCACUUGGGGAGACCAGGACCUCCUCAACAUUAUCUUCCAUUACAACCCAGAGUGUCUCUUCACUUUUCCCUGCCAGUGGAACUAUAGACCGGAUCACUGUAUGUAUGGCAGUAACUGCAAAGAAGCCGAAGAAGAAGGGGUGUCCAUUCUUCAUGGGAACCGUGGAGUGUAUCAUGAUGACAAGCAGCCGGCAUUCAAAGUAGUCUACGAUGCAAUACAUGAUUUUUCCUUCGAGGACAACCUUUUCCAGUCACUGUUUUACCCCAUCCAGACCAAGUUCUUGGAAACAGUCAAUACCCUGUGUGGUCGGAUUCCCCAGGUUUUCCUCAAGCAGGUAGAGAAGACCAUGAGAACUGUAUACGAGGCUAAAGUUGUCCGGCAUGUGAAACCACACAAAUAAAGGAUGGACUAAUUAACGGAUGAUGGAGAAAGUAUAACCUCCUUGUUUUUCCAGCAUCACAGAAGACCUUCCUGUGGAUUAUGUGUCAUAUCAGGGCCUCCCAGAUCAUAAUGACUGUUUGCGGUGUAUUCUACACAUGAGUUUAACAGUGCUUCGGAUGGUAGUAUGUGAGCACUAUGAUUCUCAGGUGAUGGAGCUGGUGAUAGUCCUAUGUACACAGAUAUAUGCAUACAUUGCUGGUCAGUCAUGCUGUAGAGUAGGCUUGCCUCAUUGCCCUCCUACGUUGUGCACAAUCUGAUUAUGUGCAGUGGUUGAAUGAAUGACAAUGUCAGAAAGUAAGAGAAAAGAAAGCCUUACUAAAAAAAAAAAAAUAGAUUUUACACUCUCAUUUUCAAGGCUACUGUAAAUUUUAACCCCUGAACUCAAUUGAGAGCUGAAGCAAACUUUAGUUUUUCGGGCAGCUUAGUGGUGCAUGAAAAUAUGCACCUCAAAUGACUUUUCUCCUUCAUUUUCCUUGUGCGGUUUUAAAUUAUCCCCUCGGCCUUCAGAGAACAGUAUGACGUGUCCACCCGGGGCUUUGGAGAGCUUUACUACUUGAAGUAGUAGGUUAAUAAACCAAGCCUUGAAGAUCAUAUGAGUGUUUUACCGACAAAUUACUUGAAAUGUGUGCAUGUGGAAAUGGGAAAAUUUGAGAGUUCUCUGCCUGUUCUGCUAUUGCCAAAUGCCACUUACAGUAUUAAACCGGGCAAAACAGAGCAAGUAUGAAUACAGUUAGGAAACACCGAAUGUUAAAAUGCACUUUCUGACUAGUAUCAUGAUAAAACUAUGAAUGAGGACAGUAUGAUAAUUUGUACGCAAUAUGUCCAACUUAGAUGCUACACUGUCAAGUGAAUUAAAAACCAAAGGUGCUAGCAUUUAAAUAGCUGAUGUACUUAAAGUCAAUAUGUGCCAUAUAAAGAUGUAAGUUGUAAUGUUUACAGUUACAAGAAAAGAAAUAAUAAUGACAUAGACCUGUCUAUGAAAGGGUAUCUUUGUUUGCAAUAUGAUGUAUGGUAUGAUAUGAAAUCAUAGGCAAUAUGUUUGAAUAACAUAACCGUCAUUUCUGUGUAAUGGUAUACAUGUAUCUCAUUCGAACUGGAAACUGAAAAUAUCUGUACAGUUAACUAUAUUAGUGUUUCUGAAUAAAAAAAAUGCAUUUGG